AUGGUGCUGGGGUACAGUUUUUUAGGGUGUCAACAGUUAGAGCUGAUUAAUGGUCUGGAGGAGGAGGGAAACAGAAAUACUGUAGGCUACCAGCAUGACUCUUUUAAACCUAGACCUCCCUCAUUGCUAAAGCCAAACUCCACUGCUGUGACUGAGUUCCUUUUUGAAGGUUUCCUCAGCUUUAGGUGGCAGCACAGGCUUGGUUUCUUUGUUCUCUUUCUAACUUUGUACCUGCUGACUCUCUUUGGCAGUGUCAUUGUUGUGACUGUUAUUCACCUGGACCGUCACCUCUAUAAUCCCAUGUACUUUUUCCUGAGCAUGCUGUCCAUCUCUGAGACCUGCUACUCUGUGGCUAUCAUUCCCUGUAUGCUUUCUGGCCCCCUGAGUCCUCAUCAGCCCAUUUCUAUCCAAGGCUGUGCCACUCAACUCUUCUUCUGUCUCACCUUUGGUAUCAAUAACUGCUUCCUGCUCACAGCCAUGGGGUAUGAUUGCUAUGUGGCCAUCUGUAACCCACUACAGUAUUCAGUGAUCAUGGCUAAAGAGUCCUGUAUCCAGUUGGCAUCUGGGUCCCUGGGAAUUGGGCUGGGUAUGGCCAUUGUCCAGGUAACAUCUCUUUUUGGCCUGCCCUUCUGUGAUGCCUUUGUCAUCUCUCACUUCUUCUGUGACAUGAGACCCCUGCUGAAGCUGACCUGCACAGACACCACUGUCAAUGAGAUCAUCAACUUUGUUGUCAGUGUUUUUGUCCUUGUUCUACCCAUGGGCCUGGUCUUCAUCUCCUAUGUCCUCAUCAUCUCCACCAUCCUCAAGAUUGUUUCAGCUGAGGGUCAGAAGAAGGCCUUUGCCACCUACGCCUCCCACCUCACAGUGAUCAUCAUCCACUAUGGCUGUGCCUCCGUCAUUUACCUGAAGCCUAAGUCCCAGAGUUCCCUGGGGCAGGACAGACUCAUCUCAGUGACCAACACUGUCAUCACUCCUCUGCUGAACCCCGUCAUGUACAGCCUGAGGAACAAGGAGGUCAAAGAUGCUCUGUGCAGAGCCAGGGGCAAAAGCCCCUCUUCCUCUCAGUGA